AGUAACGAGGUCGCGGAUUGGCCGAGGGCCCGAUCCAAUCGGGGCUCGCGUUACACAUCAGGAUCACGUUGCACGCGCUUAUAUUGGGAGCCCCGACUUCGUUCUCUGACAGAACGGCUCUCUAACGGCCGCCCAAUUCGUGCCGACAGAAGCAGUCCGUCCGCCGCCGAAGCUAGAGACCCGGGAAGACGAACUCACAACAGGGCUGAGAAAGCGAACACGACGUAGAGGAAAUACGAAUUUAAUUUAAGAACGUAAUCGCGAAACGACGCAACGACGCUGUGGACGAUCAUUGGGACAAUAGGAUAGACCAGUCGCAGUGAGAGACAGGCUCUCUUUGUCACUUGUUUUUUUAUUCGAGAGUUUGGAGCGAAGGAGCUGUCGAUAGUCUUGAAUCAAGAUGCCGGCGCCGCAGAAACAGGAUGAGGAUGCGGAUCCGACCCCCUAUCUGUUCGUCUCGCUCGAGCAGAAGAGAAUCGACCAGACGAAGCCCUACGAUGCGAAAAAGGCAUGCUGGAUUCCCGAUGAGAAGGAAGGUUAUCUCCUUGGUGAGAUUAAAGCGACCAAGGGUGAUAUCGUAUCCAUUGGACUUCCCGGUGGUGAGACCAGGGACGUGAAGAAGGACCUGCUACAACAGGUAAAUCCACCAAAGUAUGAGAAGGCCGAGGACAUGUCAAAUUUGACGUACCUUAACGAUGCAUCGGUCCUUCACAAUCUCAAGCAACGUUACUACCACAAACUUAUCUACACUUACUCCGGACUUUUCUGUGUGGCCAUCAACCCCUACAAGAGAUAUCCCGUAUACACACAGCGUUGUGCCAAACUGUAUCGUGGUAAGAGGCGUAGUGAAGUGCCACCCCACAUCUUCGCCAUUUCCGACGGCGCCUACGUUAACAUGUUGACCAAUAGCGAAAAUCAGUCUAUGUUGAUCACCGGUGAGUCUGGGGCCGGAAAGACUGAGAACACGAAGAAGGUAAUUGCGUACUUCGCCACUGUCGGUGCGUCGACGAAAAAGGAUCCAGCUGCCUCCGAGAAGAAGGGAUCCCUCGAAGAUCAGGUUGUCCAGACGAAUCCCGUACUUGAGGCUUUUGGUAAUGCCAAGACCGUCCGUAACGACAACUCUUCUCGUUUCGGUAAAUUUAUUCGUAUUCACUUCGGUCCAUCUGGAAAGUUAGCUGGUGCUGAUAUUGAAACCUAUCUACUGGAAAAGGCUCGUGUUAUCUCGCAACAGGCAUUGGAGCGCUCUUACCACAUCUUCUAUCAGAUGAUGUCCGGCUCUGUUAAGGGUCUUAAGGAGAUGUGCCUACUCUCGAACAACGUCAACGACUACUACUUCGUCGCGCAAGGAAAGACUUCGAUUCCCGGCGUCGAUGACGGAGAGGAAUGCGAACUCACAGACAAAGCCUUCGACGUUUUGGGUUUUACUCAAGAAGAGAAGGAUGACAUUUACAAAAUCACCGCCGCUGUCAUGCAUAUGGGUGGCAUGAAAUUCAAACAGAGAGGUCGUGAAGAACAGGCUGAGGCUGAUGGCACCGAGGAAGGUGAACGCGUAGCCAAGCUUCUAGGAUGUGACUGUCAAGAUAUGUACAAGAACUUGCUGAAACCAAGGAUCAAGGUCGGUAAUGAGUUCGUAACCCAGGGUCGUAACAAGGAUCAGGUCGCGUACUCUGUUGGAGCUAUGUCAAAGGCCAUGUUCGAUAGAUUGUUCAAGUGGCUUGUGAAAAAGUGUAACGAGACCCUGGAUACGAAGCAAAAGCGUCAGCACUUCAUUGGUGUACUGGAUAUUGCUGGUUUUGAAAUCUUCGACUUUAACAGCUUCGAGCAGCUCUGUAUCAACUUCACGAACGAGAAGCUUCAACAGUUCUUCAAUCACCAUAUGUUUGUCCUUGAACAAGAGGAAUAUACGAAGGAGGGUAUUGAAUGGUCCUUCAUUGACUUUGGCAUGGACCUGGUCGCUUGUAUCGAGCUUAUCGAGAAGCCCAUGGGUAUCUUAUCGAUCCUUGAAGAAGAGUCUAUGUUCCCGAAAGCAACGGAUAAAACCUUCGAGGAGAAAUUGAACAACAAUCAUCUCGGCAAGAGUCCUAACUUCCUGAAGCCUAAGCCACCUAAGCCAGGCCAGCAGGCGGCUCACUUCGCCAUUGGUCACUACGCCGGCAACGUGCCGUACAACAUAACUGGCUGGCUGGAGAAGAACAAGGACCCGUUGAACGACACCUUGGUCGACCAGUACAAGAAGUCAGGUAACAAGCUGUUGGUGGAGAUAUUCGCCGAUCAUCCUGGUCAAUCGGGCGAUGCCGGUGGCAAGGGAGGCGGUGGCCGUGGUAAGAAGGGAGGUGGUUUCUCAACUGUCUCGUCCUCGUACAAGGAGCAGCUGAAUAACUUGAUGACGACGCUAAGAGCCACCCAGCCUCACUUCGUCCGUUGUAUCAUUCCCAACGAGUUGAAGCAGCCGGGCGUCAUUGACUCGCAUCUUGUUAUGCACCAGCUAACAUGUAACGGUGUGCUUGAAGGAAUCCGUAUUUGCCGUAAAGGUUUCCCUAACAGGAUGAUUUAUCCUGACUUCAAGCUACGGUAUAAAAUCAUCGCUCCAGCAGCGUGUGAGAAAGCCGGUGGCGAUCCAAAGAAGUGCGCUGCGGCCAUCCUCGAGGGAGCCGGUUUAGAUCCUGACCAGUACCGUCUUGGACACACCAAGGUAUUCUUCCGUGCCGGAGUCUUGGGUCAAAUGGAAGAGUUCCGUGACGAACGUCUCAGCAAAAUCGUCACCUGGAUGCAGGCUUACGUGCGCGGUUACCUCGCCCGUAAGGACUUCAAGGCCCUGCAAGAGCAGCGUCUGGCUCUUCAAAUUGUCCAAAGGAAUCUUCGCAGAUACCUUAAGCUGCGUACCUGGCCAUGGUGGAAGUUGUGGCAGAAAGUCAGGCCUCUCCUCAAUGCUACUCGCAUCGAAGACGAGCUUGCCGCGAUGGAGGAAAAGGCCCGCAAGUAUCAAGAAGCCUUCGAGCGGGAAGAGAAGAUGCGUAUCGAACUCGAGGAGCUCAAUACCAAACUUCUCACGGAGAAGACCGACCUCCUCAAAUCUCUGGAUAGCGAAAAAGGUUCGCUGUCCGAAUACCAGGAGAAGGCUCUCAAGUUGGGAGCACAAAAAGCUGACCUCGAGUCCCAACUUUCGGACAUUACGGAUAGAUUCCAACAGGAAGAGGAGGCAAGAAACAACUUGUUCCAGUCAAAGAAGAAGUUAGAACAGGAAAUCUCUGGAUUGAAGAAAGAUUUGGAGGAUCUCGAAUUAACUGUGCAAAAGAGUGAGCAGGACAAGGCAACGAAAGACCACCAAAUCCGUAACCUCAACGAUGAAAUCGCCCAUCAAGACGAGCUCAUCAAUAAAUUGAACAAAGAGAAAAAGAAUCAGGGCGAAGUGAACCAAAAGACAGCGGAAGAGCUCCAGGCCGCCGAAGACAAAGUUAAUCACCUCAACAAAGUCAAGCUAAAGCUCGAACAGACCCUCGACGAAUUAGAAGAUACCCUCGAGCGCGAAAAGAAAUCCCGUGCUGAUGUCGAGAAGACGAAGCGAAAGGUCGAGGGCGACCUCAAGCUUACGCAGGAAGCCGUUGCUGACCUCGAGAGAAACAAGAAGGAGCUCGAGCAAACUAUCCAACGCAAGGACAAGGAACUUUCCUCCCUCACAGCCAAACUCGAGGACGAACAAGCUCUGGUUGGCAAACAACAGAAACAAGUCAAGGAACUCCAAGCCCGUAUUGAAGAGCUCGAAGAAGAGGUGGAAGCUGAGAGGCAAGCACGUGCCAAGGCUGAGAAGCAACGCAGUGACUUAGCCCGGGAGCUCGAAGAACUCGGCGAGCGUCUCGAGGAAGCCGGUGGUGCCACGUCGGCCCAGAUCGAGCUGAACAAGAAGCGCGAGGCCGAGCUGAGCAAACUCCGCAGGGACCUCGAGGAAGCCAAUAUCCAGCACGAGUCCGCCCUGGCCAUCCUUCGUAAGAAGCACAACGACGCCGUUGCUGAGAUGGGAGAGCAGAUUGACCAGCUGAACAAGAUCAAGGCCAGGAUUGAGAAAGAAAAGGUUCAAUACUUUAGUGAAUUGAACGACCUUCGUGCCACUGUCGAUCAUCUUAGCAAUGAAAAGGCUGCUCAAGAAAAGAUUGCCAAGCAACUUCAACACCAACUUAACGAGGCCCAAGGCAAAAUCGAAGAGCUAACCCGUACGGUCAACGACUUUGAUGCCGCCAAGAAGAAGUUGUCGAUCGAAAAUAGCGACCUUCUUCGCCAGCUCGAAGAAGCCGAAUCUCAGGUCAACCAAUUAUCCAAGAUCAAGAUUUCACUUACGACGCAGCUCGAAGAUACCAAGAGACUCGCCGACGAAGAAGGACGCGAACGUGCCACUUUGCUCGGCAAGUUCCGCAACUUGGAACACGAUCUUGACAACAUUCGCGAACAGGUCGAGGAAGAAGCCGAGGGUAAGGCCGAUCUGCAGAGACAACUCAGCAAGGCCAAUGCCGAGGCCCAACUUUGGCGCACCAAGUACGAAUCCGAAGGUGUUGCCCGUGCUGAGGAGCUGGAAGAGGCUAAGCGCAAACUACAGUGCCGUCUGGCCGAGGCUGAGGAAACCAUCGAAUCUCUUAACCAGAAGGUCAUCGCCCUCGAGAAGACCAAACAACGUCUUGCCACCGAGGUCGAAGAUCUCCAGUUGGAAGUCGAUCGUGCAACAGCUAUUGCCAACGCCGCUGAGAAGAAGCAAAAGGCGUUUGACAAGAUCAUUGGCGAAUGGAAGCUCAAGGUCGAUGAUUUGGCUGCCGAACUCGAUGCCAGUCAGAAAGAAUGCCGCAACUACAGUACCGAACUCUUUAGGCUUAAGGGAGCAUACGAGGAAAGCCAAGAACAAUUGGAAGCCGUUCGUCGUGAAAACAAGAAUCUCGCGGACGAAGUUAAAGAUCUGCUCGACCAGAUCGGUGAGGGUGGCCGCAAUAUCCACGAAAUCGAAAAGGCGAGAAAGCGAUUGGAGGCUGAGAAAGACGAACUCCAAGCUGCCUUGGAAGAAGCCGAGGCUGCUCUUGAGCAAGAGGAGAACAAAGUGCUCCGCAGUCAAUUGGAGCUCAGUCAGGUCAGACAAGAAAUUGACAGACGCAUUCAGGAGAAGGAAGAGGAAUUCGAGAACACCAGAAAGAAUCAUCAACGCGCGCUUGACUCUAUGCAAGCUUCUCUCGAGGCUGAGGCCAAGGGUAAAGCUGAGGCACUGCGCAUGAAGAAGAAGCUCGAGGCUGACAUUAACGAGCUCGAAAUCGCUUUGGACCACGCUAACAAGGCCAACGCCGAAGCUCAGAAGAAUAUCAAACGGUAUCAGCAACAGCUUAAGGACGUGCAGACCGCCCUUGAAGAAGAACAGCGAGCGCGCGACGAAGCACGCGAACUUCUUGGAAUUAGCGAAAGACGCGCCAAUGCUUUACAGAACGAGCUCGAGGAGAGCCGUCAACUCCUGGAGCAGGCAGAUCGCGGCCGCAGACAGGCCGAGCAGGAAUUGGCCGAUGCUCACGAGCAACUCAAUGAGCUUAGUGCGGCGAACGCCAGCAUCUCGGCAGCCAAGAGAAAACUCGAGUCCGAGCUCCAAACUCUUCACUCCGAUUUGGAUGAGCUGUUGAACGAGGCUAAGAACUCCGAGGAGAAGGCAAAGAAAGCGAUGGUCGAUGCUGCGCGACUUGCGGAUGAGCUGAGAGCCGAGCAGGAUCAUGCCCAGACUCAAGAGAAAUUACGCAAGGCACUUGAGACCCAAAUCAAGGAUCUCCAGGUACGCCUCGACGAGGCUGAGGCGAACGCCCUUAAAGGAGGUAAGAAGGCCAUCCAGAAAUUGGAACAACGCGUGCGCGAACUCGAGAACGAGCUCGACGGGGAACAAAGGAGACACGCUGACGCGCAGAAGAACUUGCGCAAAUCCGAGCGUCGUAUCAAGGAACUCGCCUUCCAGGCGGACGAGGAUCGCAAGAACCACGAGCGCAUGCAGGACCUUGUUGACAAAUUGCAACAGAAGAUCAAGACGUACAAGAGGCAAAUCGAAGAGGCCGAAGAAAUCGCCGCCCUCAAUCUUGCCAAGUUCCGCAAGGCUCAGCAGGAGCUCGAAGAAGCCGAAGAGAGGGCGGAUCUUGCGGAACAGGCAAUUGCCAAGUUCCGUACCAAGGGACGUGGAGGAAGUGCUGCUCGCGGUCUCAGCCCAGCGCCCGGACAGAAGGGGCAAGCCCGCAAAGCGCCCACACUGGAAUAAACCGCCGCGCCGGUUCAUCCACACCGACCAGCGCUCAACAAACCCCUGUUCGAUGGUUCCGCAUUCCCACCACGCUUCGACCUUAUGCCCGACGGUGAC